AUGGAUUAUGGAAAUCAGACUUUGGUGACUGAAUUUUUUUUCGUGGGCUUAACAAAUCACUUCCAGCAUCAGGUUGUUCUCUUUUUGAUAUUUCUCUUGGUUUAUCUUGUCACUCUUCUGGGAAACGUGGGGAUGAUCACCUUCAUUUGGAUGGAUCCCCGACUCCACAUGCCCAUCUACUUUUUUCUCAGCCACUUGUCUUUUGUGGAUAUCUGCUGCUCUUCAGUUAUUGGUCCUAAGAUGUUGACUGAUAUCUUUGUGGAGAAAAAAGUCAUCUCUUUCUUGGGUUGUGCUGCCCAGUUCUGGCUUUUUAGUCAGUUUGUAGUGACUGAAUGUUUUCUCCUGGCCUCCAUGGCAUAUGAAUGGUAUAUGGCCAUCUGUAAGCCCUUGUCGUAUGCUCUCAUUAUGUCCCAGCGUGUCUGUGUGCAGCUGGUGGUAGGGCCUUAUACCAUUGGUCUUAUGAUUUCCAUGACCCACACAAUCCUUGCCUUUCACCUGCCUUAUUGUGGCCCCCAAAUCAUCAAUCACUUCUUCUGUGACCUUCUUCCUGUUCUGUCCCUGGCAUGUGCAGACACCCAGGUCAAUCAGUUUGUACUUUUCAUCUUGGCUGGAGCUCUAGGAGUUGUUAGUGGUGUGAUCAUCCUGGUUUCCUACAUUUACAUCAUCAUUGCUAUCCUGAGGAUCCGCUCUGCUGAGGGGAGGCACAAAGCCUUCUCCACCUGCCCUUCACACCUGACAGCUGUCUCCAUCCUAUAUGGAACACUCUUCUUCAUCUAUGUACGUCCCAGUUCUGUUUUCUCCCUGGACGUCAAUAAAGUGGUUUCUGUGUUCUACACAGCUGUGGUUCCCAUGUUGAACCCACUUAUGUACAGCCUGAGAAACAGGGAGGUCAAGGAUUCAUUCAGAAGGAUGUUUGAGAAGAAGCAGUGUCUCAUGCGUAAGUAAACUAGAUUCUGUUUGUACUACAGAUUGAGAGGUGU